UCGUCAGCGGAUAAAAUGGGUCUAUCGUUUUCUUGCCUUUCUCCCACAGAUGGAUGAAGUGUGGAAUAGCGGCAGGAAAAGAAAGUAAAAAAGGACUCGACAAAGGAUACUGACCAACCGACUGUCAAAUGUUACUAGUGGAGCGACCCCAUAUGCUACUGUCUCCUCGAGGAUAUCGCAACAUUUCAAGCGCGCAGCAGAGCACAAACCUCCGAGAACCCCUUUGCUGGCUAAAGCUGUUGAUGAGCGGCAUUCGCGCAAAAUUCAUUACUAUCUCGCACCAAAUCAUAUCAUCAAGAACCCCAGUGCCGCAGCCGAGUCGGAUCAGGAGUCGUCCUCUGAAUUCUCGAGCAUGGGCUCCGAUGACGAUGAUGAUGACGACGAUGCUCAGGACGACGACGAAGAAGACGACGACGAUGCAGAGGGCGACCAGGACGAUGAUGACGAUGACGACGAUGGGGAUCUUUCGGGCGAUUCAAUGGAGCGGAAACAGAAGCGUCGUCGGCAGCAUCAGCUCUAUCAACAGCAACAACAUUUGAACUCGGAUACAGUGCUGCACAAAGCAAGGAGUGUCAUGCGGAAACGCAAAAAGGUCAAGAACUGGACCGCGACGAAUCGUCCCACAGUGAAGCGGUUCAAGUCAAAGCACCCUCUCAUCGGCAGCUUCAAAGCAACGACGCCGACCAGCAUCCACCCCUCCAAGUGGAGACCUGCAAACACGCAAGAGUACAGCGAGUCGGAGGACGGAGAUGAUGAGAGCGUGGAAGAGGAUGAAGAUCUGGACGAUGAUGAUGACGUGUUUGGCAAAGACGACCUGGUGCUCAUGGAUCUGCAAAUGCCUGAUACCGAAAAAGAUCCCCGGCUACCGAUCCCACGGUCGCUCUCCAGUUUUUCCACGCCAUCCUCUCGCUCGUCAUCCAACAACGGUAGCAAUGGAGCCGUGAGUACUGCUGCGGCAGGAAUGCAUGGCCUACUGAACGCCACUAAAGUCCUUUCUUUCAACUCCAAGAAAUCACCUCCUCGCCCUGGUCCUCAGUCAGCUGUAUCCAUUUCCAAUGCAGUGCCAAGUGCAGGGUCCAUGGGAGUAGAACUUAUGAACGAAUCGAGUGAUGAGGAGCAAGACUUUAGCGACUACCAUGAGGAGAUGAUGCGGGGCGAUUUUGAGGAUCUGGAGGACGAUAGGAAGGUCGAGGAUCGCAAGCCCGUACAACGUACGCAGCCACAGGCGAUGGCAGUUCCUAUUCCUUCAGUCAGGAGCACUGCAUCCUCAUCCUCGUUCGCAGCAGGAGGUACUCCAGUGUCGCCAUUCAGUCAUCUCGCUUCGACACCAACUUCGAAUUCAUUUUUGCUGGGCUUAUCACCACGCAGCAGGAAGAUGUCGAUGAGUGGACUUUUGAUGCCGCCGGACUCGCUUCUUCUGUCCCCUCGAGCCAAUAGCAUCUUUGACGGGGAUUUUGGAUCCAGCUUGACGGUGGAUUAUUCACAGGAACUGUCAUCACCUAAGGAGCAUCAAUAUGUACCGCUGAUGGAGCUCAACAACCCAGAGUCAAUGCCUGUGUCGGAGCUGGAUCGACUUUUGAGCACAUCAGCCGGUGGUACGUUCUUCCCAAGUCUCUCGCGCAAGGUCUCGAUUCCGGGCUGGAGUAAUAUCAACGCCAAGCAUAUCGGUCAUCCUCACCGUCAAUUAAGUCUCAGGAAUACUGCGAAUGGAAUAUUACAGAAUGCCGCCAACUCAUCCUUGAAUGCGUCAACUUCCCCUUAUCUCGGCUCAAGCAACGGUAUGUUUGCCUCUCCAUCACGCCCGCCACCAACCCAACCAUCCGCUUCUUCAACCUCUUCCAGCGAAGUUGCCUCUGCAGAGAAACGGCCGAAGAGUCCAGCCGGAGCACUUGUGACGCCAUCGUCCUCAAAGCCCGCCUCCGCCUCCGCUUCGAUCGACUCGCCCUCAGCUUUUGUACCUACAACAGUUAUAACACCAUCAAUCAGCGCUAGAAAGACAGUAGAAGUUCCUAUUGCCGCAGAUACCGCUUUCAAGGCGGAAGACGACGUUGAGAUGCAGGUCGAUCAGGACGAAGAAAUGGAUGACGAGACAGAGUCAGAGCUGGAAGAUGAUGAUUCAUCCAAGACGCCGGCGGAGCCACCUAAGUCUCUCGUCAAAGUGGCUGUCUACGCAAACUUGAGGGUUUACGAGACCACCAUGCCAGGCACAGAUCUUAGGUUGAUGCGUGUCGCUGGCGUUGUUGCACCUCCAGAUCCCAACAUGAAUGGACGUAACACAGUGAUCCAGAAGAAGGUCAUUCCAGCGCUGAACAACGAGCAGCAUGCGGGAUUUGUGAAUGCUGCUAUGCUGCGGUUGGCUGCCCGAACCAUCAUUGGCGAUGGGCAGUUCGAUAUCAACCAGGAACCCACCACCCUUUACAUUGUUCUUGAAGGACCAAUGGAGGUCCGAGGAGCCUGGGUUGGCCUUGCGAGAGCCAGGGAGCUGUGCCAUGAAUAUCGAUUGGAUCUACUACCAGGCAUUGCUCAAAUGCUUCAGGACAACCCAAUGGAGGUUACCAAUCCCAAUGAAUCCCGCGGAUCGUCAAGGAUGUCGGCCGAAAAGAAAAAGGCACUAAAGCAGAAGAGGCAGCAGGCAGCAGCUAUCAAGGAUGGCUCUUCGACAACACUGAAAGUCGCUGACACCCACUGUCGAACUUCUACUGCCUCGGCCGGGUCCAGCAUCGAUAACAGGAGAAAGUCACAUGCAGCGGACGACGACACUACGCCGUUUGUCAACUUUGAAGAACUAGAGGAGAGACCGAAGAAGACGCUGGAUGACGACGUCAAUAUGUCUCUUGCGAGCUUGCAGUCGACUGUCGCUUCCAGCUCUGUUGGGGAUAGUUCUAAUGGACAAACAACAUCGACUGGUCAACAGGGUGCUUCGACCUCCAACCAAGGCGCGUCGGACAACGCUAUUCAGAAUGGCGCCAGGGAACCCGAGGCAAAUCAGCUCUGGAUCCCAACAACAAAUCCAGUCGUUCCCAGCAUCCAUUUGACCGUAAUCGAUAAUGUCGCUCUUUAUACCACCAAACUCGUCAAUCCUGGAGCCGAGUACAGACUACUGCGAAGGGCCGAUAAUGGAUACGUGAAUGCAACCACGCUGCUGUUGGCAGGAGGAGUUGAGACGGAGCAAGAGCGUAGUAUCGUGCUAAGUUUGGAGCUAGGACGUGUCCGUGUUCGCAAACCGGGCUCACAGUUGUUUGGAACCUGGAUUCCUCUGGCGCGUGCCCGUGCAUUGGCGGCGACUUGCUCACUCCACCACAAGCUGGGUCCAUUCUUGAAUGAUAACCUGGAUACGUACUUCCCAUCCCCCUUGCCGAUCCCGACGCAGAAGGUGACCCCAAGCGUGGUCACAGCCACGGCAUCGGCCCUUAUGAGCCACCAAGCUGUUGCCUCUGCCCGCAUGAGGACCGUUUCCCUGUCGGCGCUGCGCUCUUCGACGUCCCCGCCCACAAGCGGUCUUGCUCGCACAGGAGCACUCAACCAUCAGCUGUCCCGGGGCAUGAUGGCCAACGCUGGCGCCAACCUGCAGCAAGUUCUUGCGCAACAGGGUCAUGUACCUGGCCAACCUUUGAGCAACAUGGUCAUGUUGAAUGGCAAUCAGGUCGAAGCACAGCCAGGAAUAGCGACCGCCACCAACCUUACCGCAUCGACCCUCAACACAGCUGGAGCAUCGCCGGCCUCGACCACAGCUGCAGUUGCUGGAGCGAGUGUUCCUACGGCAGCUGCCACUCUUCCAACUGCCGUCCCUGUCACAUCGCUGACACCCUCUAUUAUCAAUCCUACAGCUGGCCAGAGUUUGUUGCAGGCACUCGGACAAGUCACGCAAGGACAGCUUGCUGCUGGGGCUCAGAUAAGGCCCCUUCAGGGCGGUUUCAUACCUCGUGUGGAACCACAUACAGGAAGACCGAUUCUACCAAUGAUCAAUGAAACGGUUUCGGCCGUUCCAGGUCAGAGUGUAAUCCCAGUCAAGGACUACCAAGACUCGGACGACGAUACGGAAUCCGAUGAUGAUGUUGAGGGAGUCCGUCAAAAGAUGAAGCAGCUUCGCGCGCAGCAGUUGGAAGAAGCCGAAAAGAACUUUUUGAAGCAGCAGGCGACACCAGUUGAGCGCGUGAUUGGGACGGCGGCGACCCCUGGUCAGCAGAGAGUACCGACCUCGCAGCAACAGCAGCAGCAGCAGUUACAGCAACAGCAGGCUCUUUUGCAGCAGCAGCAGCUUCAACAACAAUUGCAUCAGCAUCAGCAACAGCAGCAGCUUUUGAAACAACAGCUUCUCCAGCAGCAACAGCAGCAACAGCAACAGCAGCAACAGCAACAGCAAUUGAUCCAGCAGCAGUUACAGCAGAAUCAACAACAGCAACAGAAGGAGGCCACACAGAAGGCAGCACUCGCUGCUACUGCUACUGCUCAGCGACCCUCGACACGCGGUGGUAAGACAGCACCACAGUCCUCCGCUAAUAAUCGCCCGGCAUCAGGAGCCGCUGCUGAGGGGUUUGAGAUUGAGAACGGCAAGAAGGGGUCGUCGGUCAAGGUAGCAGCUACUACAGCAGCUGCUGCAGAUGAAGAGAUGGACAGCGACGAGGAUAUUGAUAUCGGAGGCAGCGAUGGUGAAGACGACUUGCGUUAAGAUAUUAAGACACCUUUUGCGUACGGACAUCUUUCCCCCCGUUUAUUAUUGUUAUUAUUAUUUUUUUUAUUGGUGUCCUAAUGCAGAUUCGAACGGUUUUUCGUUCUCUCAGAGCCCUUUUUGUCUUGAGUGCUGAGCACAAUUUGACAGAGUAUUAUUGAUACAACAUUGGCAGUGCUUCCUCUCUUCCUUUACACGCAAGACAUGUUUUUUUUUUUCAUCACUCUUUGGCAAACCAAGAACCAUGUA